CGGUCGUAAAAAUCUUGUCCACGUUACACGUGACAGGCGCUCUCUCUCCUCUGACUCACAGGCGAAAACGGCGAAGAUGAUGCUGAUGCUUUUGUUGGUUGGAUGUAGAAGCGUAAGGUAGAAGAGUGGCCAAUGUAGAAGUCGGCUCUCGCUCGAAGGUAGUUGUCUUCUACAUUUACACAAUCUGAAACAGGGCACCAUGUUUUGGUCCUACAACUCCCUGAACUUGCCCUCCACGAGGUUUCCUUUGAACCCCGAGAAGUGGCCUGCCAAUGCACGCAAACGGAGUCACUUUGGUCAAGAUGUGUUGUGGAUGGACUAUGAUGGUGACAAAGGACCAGGGCGUCACCUGAGUACCGACACUUUAGAACCUUAUCGGCAAAUUGGAGACGAAUCCUUUGAUCGGAUCCUGGCGUUGUAUGCCGAAGAGAAUCGUGCUUUGGGUCCUGGUGACGAUUUGUUUGGUCGAGUCCCAGCGGACGUAAAAUCUCAGUCAGAAGCAGAUCAGGCACUCCAGAAAAUGAUCACCCAAAUCUCACGAAUACCGUCUUGGGUUGACAAAGAACAACUCCAGAGAGGACAGGAAGUUUUCCUCGCGUACGCUCCUGCGAUUGGUUUGGGUCUCUACUACCGAUCAUUGGUUCCUGGAUUUUCGAUACCCAAGAUUGCAGCCGUGUUACAGGCAACUGCCUAUCUAGCUCCGCCUUCCAGCAAGACUGCAGUCCAUCAGCGGCUAAUGGAUACUGGUGCAUUCGUGGGCGCUUGUCUCCAGUCAAAAGAUGUGGCUGCCAUUUUGCCCGGUGGUGAUGGUUGGAAGGCAGCCCUGAGGGUGCGACUGUUGCAUGCCAAAGUGAGACGACAACUGUUGCUACGAAAGGGAGGUCGCCAGUGGGAUACUAAAAACCUGGGUAUACCAAUCAACCAGGAAGACAUGGCCGCAACGUUGUUGGCGUUUUCCACCAACGCCCUGUUGGGCGCCGAGAUGUUGCUGGGUAGGCCUUUGCCACUGUCAGAACGCCUCGAUUAUCUCGCCUUGUGGCGCUAUUUGGGAUGGCUGUUGGGAGUGGAUGUCAACGAUGACAUCGACGACGAUGAUGCUAGCGCAGCUCCCAAAAGAAGAGCUCUUGAUCCUUGCGGACCUGGAUGGCUGAUCGCAUCACCGGACCCAAUGGCUCAUUCUUACGCCGUCUUCCAAUCGAUUAUCAUGCACGCGCUGCAUCCAGACAGCUCCUCUGUUCAAAUUGCACACCAUUUGCUUCGACAAGGAAGACGUCGGGACGGCGAUAGCAACAACCACGAUGCAAGCAAAGAUGAAGCUUCCCUAGCACGCCAAGAUACCAACUGGUUCUAUUUUCGUAGCAUCCAAUGCCGGCGCUUUGUCGGAGAUCGGCUAGCGGAUGCGCUAGAGUUGCCCCUUCGCCCUACUUGGUGGGGGCGAUUCUUUCAGUGGAUCUUUUCGACCAUCCAUCUGACUGUGUUCUGUUUGUAUACGAUAGCUGGUUUGCCAAUUAGUCCGUUGCGGGGGCGACUAGUACGGUUUCAUCGCAACAAUUUGGAGCGCUUUAUGGAAUUUUGGGCAGAGGAGCAUCCACGUCGAAUGCAAGAAAAACUGAUAAUGUCAACCGGUACGGAAAGAAAGGAAAAAGCCCCAGUGUGUCCCUUUGCAAUGGUACUACCAGCAGAUUUGGGACGGGACGAAGUUGUUGGUUCGCCACAUUGAGCCAACAGUCGAACAUGUAGCAGGACGACGGUCAGAGAGAUACGGUACCGUACAAUCUAGUCGAAUCGAAUCAAAAAUGUUUGUCCUUAUUAGCAUCAAUUAGGAAACAGUUACUCUACUUGUGUUGUCCGUUCGCUCCAUUGGUACUCAUGGCUGCAACAACUGUCUUGAUGGCCUCUGCUGAAAAGUCCACUCGUAGCUGCAUAGCUGUCCGAACGUCUUGGGGUGUCAGCACUGACGUAGAUUGAUACAGCGUCCAAUCCGAUGGUCUCUCUAGCUGUAACACGGUGACGAUUUGGGACAAACGUUCCCACGGUCGAUACUUCGUUGUCGCAGCAGGAUUCCUGGAUUCCGCGGCACCACUGGUAUUGUUCUUGUCUUGCAACUUGGCCAAGUACAGUUUCAACAUUCGAACUUGUUUGCUAAGCAACAGCGAACCCCAAUCGGUGAAUCGCUUGGGAGGUUCGGCAUGAAGCAAGCAGUCCAAGAUCAAUUCCUCAAUGAUUUGUGUAAGCUCUUCUCGGAUUCCAGUCAAUACUUCCGCAUCGCUCUUGUCGUGUGAUUGUUGGAGAAACUUGGAUUCGCUGAGCGCACUCAACAGGUCUUGCUCCAAGCGAGAAUCCGAUUCGGCAGCUUUGAACGAUGCCUG